AUUUGUCAUGAUUACAAACUGCCUGAUAUUACUGGCAAUUUUGUUUGGAUUUGCAUCGACUCAGUAUCUGAACUUAAACCUUCAUAGACAUCAAAGUUGUGCAUGGAGAAAAAGUUCUCACUGGAACCGCAAAAUCGAGUUCCAGGGUGGCCACUCGGAUAGUGGAGCGCUACUCAAGUCAACUGAACAGAAAGGGUGCUAUGCAAUUAGUGGAAAAGUGAAAAUUCAUGAGGAUGUGAGCGACGAGUUGUUGAUCUACUUGUCCGUGUCGACCACUGGUGACACUCAAAGACCACCGGAAGUGUGCAGGGAUGCCAAUCCGGACACUGGUUGUGGAGGUGUUGGAUCAUGUCUCUACUGCCGGCCAUGUGAUUCUUUGGACUCUCUCACGAAAAUUCUCGGAGCUCAACUUGUUGUGAACGGCAAACCAGCAGGAUGUGAGCCAUUAAAAAAAGGAGAAUAUGAUAAUGUUGAACUCCGUUUCUGCCUUCCGAAAUUAGCUGCAUUGUUGGAAUGGCAGGGAAUUUCAGAAGACGCGUUAGAUCACAUUUUAGCUGCUACUACUCAGGAAGGAAAUGGUCCACCAAAGCUUAGUCUAUUUGUGACCGUUUAUUUGUUCGACAAGGAUAUUAAACCUCUUCUAGUCUCUCAACGAAAACUAGAAUCUCGCAUCCGUGAACUUCGCAAACUUGGCGCUGAUGAGCCAGUUGACUCUCAAACUUAUUGGAAUCUGCCAUUCAAUCAAAUUAUCAAAAAGCAGUCAGUUUUCGUUGGAUGUCACAAACUUUACGGAACCAUUAGCUUGAGCGACAUUCAAGCCAAGAAGAAAUAAGAAAAUAUAUUUGGAUGAACAACGAUGAUAACUUCAUGUUUAUUCAUUUCGUUUAUGCGGGUUCAUUUUUUGUGAAUUAUGAAAUAAACACAAUAAAAAUUAUGAAUUAG